AUGCCGUUGCCAAGGUUAUCAGGUGGUAAUCUGGGGAGGACGAAGAAUAUUAUUCACUUCUCGCAAGCCUUUAUCAUCUUUAUUGCAUGGGCUUUGACGAUCGCCAUAUGGACUAAGGGCGGCGGCGUCGAUGGACGGACAGUAUUCUACUGGGUUCUGUGCUGGAUUAGUGUUCCAGGGUUGAUCUACCUCACCGCAGUGCCCAUGUGGCCUCGAGCUCGCCGUUUCGGAAACGUUUAUGCCUUCGCUACCGUUGAUAUCCUUUACGCUAUUUUCUGGUUUUCGGCCUGGGUCUGUCUGGCUUCAUACGUGGCCCAAGGCAAGUCUCUUGGAAAGUCGACCACCGACUCCAAGGACUCAGACAAAUCCUCCACGAAAACCUCUCGCAGCGCGGACAAAACCAUCCGAGCCGCCCAGAGCACUACCAGCAGCCCUCCAUCUGGCUGCGAUAACUGGCACUAUGGUGACUCUACUAAGUGCAAACUCAGCACAGCUACUACCAUCAUCGGCGUUAUCAUCUUGCACCCUCCCCGAUGCUGUCUCCGACCCAACCUUCGCCGCCCAAGCAAGGCCGCCUUCUCCUCAAACCCAGCUCACGACUUUGAAGAAGACGAGGAGGACUUCCGCUCUGGCCGCGCUGGUAUGGGCUCCUCCAUUAACGACCGCGAUGAGGACUACGCCCUGCUCCAACAAAGUGAGGCAGACGAUAUGGGCAGCCAUGCCGGCCGGUCCGCGUUGCAUGGUGCUUACGACCCCACCGAGUCCGGGGGCAGUGUGAUGCACGACUAUAACAGUACAGGCUACGGCGGUGCUCAUGGACAGCACUACGUGCCGCCAUCAGAGCAGUAUACGCCGUCGGAUUACGGCUCUACGAUGUUUGGACGUGAGCGUUGA